CAGUGUGGGUCCCGGCUUUCUGAGAUUGCGGCGGUGACGGAGAGCAUCCGCCCCGGUAGAAGCGCUGGUGAGGACCAGGGAAAGAGCGUGCCGGACUGGACUCAACAUAACUGGUAGUCUCAUAAAUAGUGACCUCAUUCCCAUAUCAUCCGGUGAAACUCCUACAACAUGACAAGGCGCAUCCAAACAUUUGUACAACUUCCUGGAAGAGGGGGAGCCUCCAGCACCAGCACCUGCCAUCAGCUGAUGCUUUGGCUGAGCUGACCCAGACCACUGGGCUCGCGCAUUUCCAAACCGCAUUGUUAUGGACAGCAAGAAUCAAAGUAAAUCCAAGCUCAAUAAGACUGAGAAGAAGUUCUUAAGGAAACAGACAAAGGCCAGACAUACUCUGCUGAGACAUGAAGGCAUUGACACUGUAUCCCAUGCCACUCAGUGCCUGGUUGUUGCCAACGGUGGUCUGGGUAAUGGUGUGAGUAGGAGCCAAGUGCUCCCAGUUUUGGAGCAAUGUGGACUUGUGGAUGCUCUCUUAAUGCCACCCAAUAAGCCCUACUCAUUUGUAAGAUACAAAACUACUGAAGAAUCCAAGAAAGCCUACCAUACUCUCAAUGGAAAAGAGAUAGUGGAUGAUUUGGGACAGAAGAUCAUUCUGUACCUGAAUUUUGUGGAAAAAGUACAGUGGAAAGAAAUGGGACUUCAGGUCUUACCUCCAGGACUUAUGGUUGUGGAAGACAUUAUUUCUUCUGAGGAUGAGAAAAUGUUUUUGGAAAGCAUUAAUUGGACAGAAAGUACAGAUAAUCAAAAUGUUCAAAAAUCUUUAAGGCAUAGAAGAGUAAAGCAUUUUGGCUAUGAAUUCCACUAUGAGACCAACAGUGUGGAUAAAAGCAAGCCAUUACCUGGGGGUCUUCCUGAGAUCUGUAAUGGCAUUUUGGAGAAAUGGUUGAAAGAAGGUUACAUUAAACAUAAACCUGAUCAGUUGACCAUAAACCAGUAUGAGCCUGGCCAUGGAAUUCCUGCUCAUAUUGACACACAUUCUGCUUUCGAAGAUGAGAUCAUUUCACUCAGUUUGGGCGCAGAGAUUGUCAUGGAUUUUAAGCACCCAGAUGGUGUCACAGUGCCAGUUAUGCUGCCUCGUCGGAGUCUGUUGGUGAUGACAGGAGAAUCUAGAUACCUUUGGACCCAUGGGAUCACACCUAGAAAAUUUGAUACCGUUCCUGCAUCUGAGAGCCACAAAAGUGGGGUUAUCGUCAGUGAUGUUGGGGACCUCACUUUAAACAAGAGGGGAGCACGAACAUCAUUCACAUUUAGGAAAGUGAGACAAGCAUCUUGCCAUUGCAGUUACCCUUUAGUCUGUGACAGCCAGACAAAAGAAAUCGCCCCCUCAUUUCCAGAGAGUGAUAAGGACGCCUCACAACUGGAGCAAGAAUAUGUCCACCAAGUGUAUGAAGAAAUUGCUAGGCAUUUUAGCAGCACGAGACAUACCCCUUGGCCAAACAUUGUGGCGUUUUUAAAAGCUUUGCCAAGUGGGUCAGUAGUAGUUGAUAUUGGAUGUGGAAAUGGAAAGUACCUUGGCAUCAAUAAUGAGGUACACAUGAUUGGCUGUGAUCGUAGCCAAAACCUUGUGGACAUUUGCAGGGAGAGGCAGUUUCAGGCGUUUGUCUGUGAUGCAUUGGCAGUGCCCAUCCGUAGCGGGUCCUGUGAUGCCUGUAUCUCCAUUGCUGUUAUUCACCAUUUUGCAACAGCAGAACGUAGAAUGGCAGCCCUCCAAGAACUUGUUCGACUCCUGAGGCCCGGUGGCAAGGCACUCGUUUACGUCUGGGCAAUGGAACAAGAGUACAAUAAGCAGAAGUCCAAGUACCUUAAAGGAACCAGAAACAACCGAGGAAAGGAGGAGGAGAUCAGCAGUGAUGCAUCAGUGCACGGGUUACCUGUGGAGCAAGGGCCUGGCGUGGGCAAUGGAGACUCAGCGUGUCCUGCACCCUCUGCACCCUCUGUUAGUGACUUUCAGGAGAGAGGCUGUAAUUCAAGGAAAGCUACUAAUUCUAAGCUGCCUAUCCACACUAAUAGGACUUCUUUUCAUUCUCAAGACUUACUGGUUCCCUGGCAUUUUAAGGGAAGCCCUAGUAAAAACAAACCUGCUGAGCCGCUUGGUACAGUAGGAUCCCCUGACCCAAGUCCAGUGUUUCACCGUUACUACCAUGUAUUCUGCCAGGGAGAGUUGGAAGCCGCCUGCCAGACUUUGAGCAAUGUUAGCAUUCUGCAAAGCUACCAUGAUCAGGGAAACUGGUGUGUGGUUCUCCAGAAGCUCUGAUUACUUAUGCAAGCACAGCUUGUAAAGGAAACAAAUGCUCAACUAUUUUUGUUUGGUUGGUUGGUUGGUGGAGCCCUGAUGGCAUAGUUAGGUGUUGGGCUGCUAACCACAAGGUCAGCAGUUUGAAAACCACCAGCCAUUCUUUGGAAGAGAGACAAAGCUUCCGAGUUAGUCUCAGAAACCCACCGGGCCAGUUCUUUUCUCUGGAGGAACAUGAGUUGGGAUCAACUUGAUGUCAAUGAGUGAGAUUUUUCUUUGUUUGUAUUGGGAGGAAUGUGUUGUUAAUAGGAGACUAGUUCAAGAGGAAGCUUGUGGGAAAGGUAAAGCAGGAAAUGUGUGGAGAAGUACCAGGCUGUCCGUGAGACAUUCGGAAGUGGUGAUUAGUUGGGAGGCAUUUCCGUUGGCCGCUGUUGCUGACCGCAUCAUUCCGUUCACUUGCUCUGACCUCUUGCUUUCCUCAGAGAAGCAGGGAUGGGUUCGAAAUAGGAUUAAAGUCGUUUGUGAAGUGGAAUCUGUAGAGGAAAAUCAACUUUUGUUAUGAAAUGUUACUAAGUGAGCUAAAUUACAUAGCAUUUCUGUGACAAAACCAUACAGCUUUUCUCCCCGCUUCUUUUCCUCCAUAUGUUUGAAAUGAACCUAUAGGUUCCCAAGACUCCAAGUCCUCUUCAGUUUUAUUUUCCUCUUUAAGCCACUUGGACCAUAUUUAGAUCUGAGAGGUAAGGAAUCUGGAGUUUUUAAAAAAAAUUAUUAUUUAUUUUUCCUGUUAAAUCCUCCUUUUUUUUUUUUGCCCCCAUCCCUGGCCGUAGUUGUCAAAGUCUGGUAUAUUAGUGUAUAAACUGCAUUUCAUCUAACAGUGGUGAUAUUAAAUAUUUAUCUUUGUAAGAUUGACUGAGUUUGCUACAUAUAAUGUUCUCUAGUUUUGUCCAUGUCUUGCAGUGUUUAAGAGCAUUCUCAUGGUUUUUAAGUGAUGCAUGAAAUUCCAGAGUGUGAAUGUACUAGAGCUUGUUUAUCAAUUCCUCUAUAAUUGGAUGUUUGGUUGUUUCCAUGUCUUUGCUAUUGUGAAAAUUGUGGCAAUAAACAUAGGUGUGCAAAUGUC